AGCCAGGCCCUCGCUGCUGCAUGUGCCAAACACAGACUUCCUGCCUCACCCACGGUUUCUCCCUGCCAGCCGUUGUCCCAGGCUUUCAGGAGCGACCCCUGGCUGGCCUCUGCACCUAGGAAGGCGAAGGAGGAGGUGGAAAACCCAGCAUCCAGGAUGUUCACCAUGACCCGAGAAUUAAAAAAUGCUCUUCGUGAGCACUUCAUACAUCAGAAACUGGAGAUCUCCUACGCCAUAUUCAAGCCAUUUCCCUUCUUCGAAGGCCUUCGAGACAAAUCCUUCAUCACCGACAAAAUGUACAUGGAAUCUCUGGAAGCCUGUAGAAAUAUGGUCCCCAUAUCCAAAGUGGUGCACAACAUUCUCACCAAACUGGAGGACUCGUUUCAGCCGUCACUUCUGGAGAUGCUGUUCAGCCAGAUCAACCUGCGUGAAUACCCCAACCUGAAAACAGUUCUCAACAGCUUCAGGAGUGUUUUCAUUCCCUGCGGAAGGUUGUCCACACCGAACCCCUUCGAAGCUCCAGCCAACCCAGCAGGAAGAAACCUCUACCGGACCCUGCCGCCACCGCCCGCACCGCUGAAGCAUCCAAUCCCUGUACCCAAAGUCAGUGAGCUCAGAAAAAUCCCUCAGCAGAGUGCUCAGGUCCUGGGCGAGCCGUCCAGCUCUGUUGGCUCUGCCAAAGAUAGUCCCAGAGUCAUCCAGAAAGGAAGGAUCACUCCAGUGUCCAGUGACAACCCAACCCCACAAAUAAGAAAGAAAGAAGAUGCACAGGAGAUGCCUCAUGUUCCCCCAGCCCACGUGCCAGUGAUAAGAAGUGAUUCUCCUGAACCAAGUCACCCAAGAGAGGCCCAGAAGGCCUUCAGCACACCUCCCAUCAAGAAAGGAAAGAAAAGAAAAAGACAAAUCUGGUCAACUGAAAAGAAGAGAUACCCAAGGAAAAGGCUUCCGAGAGGUACUGCUUCGCAUGGGCACAGAGUGCAAAAGAAGCUCCAACUGGUGGAUCAGACCGCUCAAAGGAAGGAUGACUCAACCAGGGACUCAAAGGUGGAGACAAAGACCAACAAGGCAAGGACUGAAUGUGCGCAAACAUCUGAACCUGAGGAGAUCAGUGAUGACACUUCAGAAAUGGAUGAAGCAAAGGGUCCCCAGGACCUGCCCAGCACACCACCAAGAACCAUGCAAGAUCCCCUGGAUAAGGGAAGCAAACUGUCUUGGGGGAUAUCUGGAAAAACGCAAAAAAAGAAAAAAGUUUGUAGCCGGCCAAGUUCAAAAACAAGACAGAAGAAAAAGCCCCCAAAAAGUACUGCGCCACCUGGGCACAGAAUCCAAGGGAAGCUCCAAGCGGUAGAUCAGGAGACUCAAAGGAAGGACGACUCAAUCAGGACCUCAUAUGUGUUGACAAGGGCCCAAAAGGCAAGGAUUGAACGUGCCCAAACGUCUGAACCUGAGGAAAAGAAAAAGAAGACAGAUGUCUGUUCAAGUUCAACAAAGAGUCAUCAGAAAAAUAUUCCCCAAAAGGAACAACCCAAAGAUGAAGCCGUGGAUUUUCAGUCUCCUGUCCUUCCUGUGACCUGUGGCACACUGAAGGGGACUUUGUAUCUGGAGAAGAUGAAAGCAGGAUCCCCAAGAAUGUGCAUUAAGACGGAAGAUGGAAAUUGGCUCACGCCAUCUGAAUUUGAAGCUGAAGGGAAAGGGAAAAUAUCAAAGAAGUGGAAGCGGAAUGUGCGUUGCGGAGGGAAGACCUUAGAACAGCUGGCAAAGGACAGACUCGUGCACUUUCCUUCAAGUCUCAAGAGAGAGCGGGAAAACGCGGACGAAUGUGAGGUGUGCUGCAGAGGGGGACGGCUGCUCUGCUGCGACACUUGUCCACGAGCCUUUCAUGAGGACUGUCACAUCCCGCCCGCGGAGGCUCAGAGGAGCCCGUGGAGCUGCACCUUCUGCAGGAUAAAGGAGUCUUCAGGAAGCCGGCAGUGUGGCAGGGAGCCCGAGGGCCUGGCCAGGCCGAUGGAGCCUGAGGAGCAGCUGAAAUGCGAGUUCCUCCUCUUGAAGACCUACUGUCAUCCACGAAGCACCUUUUUUGCGAAGACCCCCUGUAAUAUUCAAGAUUACGGUGAGCCCUUUAGGGAAGCCAUGUGGCUGGACCUGGUAAAAGAAAGGUUGGCUGAGAAAGUGUACACAGUGGCAUGGUUCGUACGGGACAUGCGCCUGAUCUUUCACAACCAUAAAAUAUUUUACAAGGCUUCCAACUUUGGUCAAGUAGGACUGGAUUUAGAGACAGAAUUUGAAAAGGAUCUCAAAGAGGUGCUUAUUUUUCAUGAAGCCAAGGAGAAGAGUUUCCAGGCUCCCCCUUGACCCCCUUCUGGAAGGACUGAGGUUCCCCAACUUCAGGGUCCCGAUGAUGUAACCCUGGUCAUCCUCAGAUUGCCUGUGAGUCUGGAAAUGUGAUCAGAUGUCCCCUCGACUCAAAUCCAGGCUCUUCACAGAAUUCUCACGCCCCCCACCUUUGUGCAGCCUCAUACUAAAAAACUGAGUACUUCCUUAAUACCAUUAAAUGCCCACCAUAGUUCACAUUCUCCAAAUCUUUUUACAGUUGCUUGCUUUUGGCUUAUCUGUCUCUUAAGUCCCUUUUAUUCUAUAAGUUUACCACAUUUUUUUCCUUGCUUUCUAUUCAUUGGAGAAUCUGAGGCCCGGUCCCAUAAAAGGUUUCAUAUUCUAGACUUUUCUACAUGCAUACCACUAUGAAAAAUUCAUUAAGUUAAUCUAAAUUUGUGUGGAAUUUAUUUGUUUCUGUUACAUAUUUAUACUGUUGCAAAGAGGGU